ACUUUGCAUGACUGACUGGACUCGUCACUCUCACGCCCUCACGAUUCUUGAGCGGUCAACAACGCCAUUCGAUUGAUUGAACCGAGCUCUGCCUCCAAUCCCAUAAUUUGUUGAAGCCAAUCUCCCGACUCCAUCAUAGCAUCCUACCAUAGCCAUGAAUAAGACCGAGAUGUUCUGCUGCCCCGCUGAAGAGACCGUGGAGUGCUGCUCCACCAAGGCUGCCGUUACCCUGGUCGGACUGAUUAAGGCUGAAACGACAAACGAACCGCAGCUUUCUUCUCCCGGAAUUUGCCCUUUGUCAAAGAGAGGACCGUCCCCUAUCGAGUUUAAACCCCAUCAGCGAGAUGUAUGGGUUGACUGCAAUGACGUCCCAUGUGGCAGUCCCCCUCCACCCAAGAAACGCAAGCCCACGUCGUUUGAAGAGUUUGCCGCGCUGGCCUCCUUCUUGAAGCAAGAACGCGAAGUCCUCAAGGAAUGCAAGGCAGACAAGAUUAGCACAUUCUAUCAACGGAACGAUUUCGACACAGGGAUGGUGGCAGAAUGGCGCAAUAGUGGCAAUCAGGUCUACUCCGGCAUGCUCGAACGGAUCCGACGCCUAGAAGACAUGGAAGCCAAGUUUGGUUCUUGGGAGGAACACUUUGGUGGCCGCUAAUGUUGAAAUCUGCGAAGUGUUUUGGUCCGCUUUGGGCCCUUCAUCAUUUGGUAUCUUUCUUCUGGCUAGUGAUGAGUGGUGAAAGUUGAACCCGGUACAUGUAUCUGCGGUAUGCCACAAAAUACUAGUACGGGAACAUUGGACGGUAUUAUAUUAAUUAUUUAUUAAAUGAAACAUUAUUUCG